UGGGGGAAUGCUUCUUGAGAUAGAGAACGAAUCGGAGUACAGUGUAUCAUCUCGAUCAGGUCAGUCGCGUCUCGCUAUUCGCGCAGUGAAUUGUGAGUUGUUGCGUUACAAAGUGCUUUCGGAGUUUGCUUCGUGCAGUCGACGCGCGCGAUAGUAUUAAAAGGACGCUGAGAAAAGAAAAAUUAGAUAACUUGUGUUCUGGACAUUCAUAAAAGAAUAUUAAACAUUUUAAUAUAUAACGUAUAUAGAAAAGCACUUAGUCCCAUUUUCUUACAGUACGACGCGCGCGCCGACUGAACGAUUGCCUUUGUCUUCAUAUACACGAGAAAUUUUGAGAGAUAUUUAUUCAUUUUCUUAUAAAGAAAUUGGUGAUGGACGCUACCACGACUCUGGUGUUGCCAUGAUUUGUCGAUCAUGGCGUCCCUAGCAGCCAAGUGACGCUAUUUGAUAUAAAGAAUUAAAAAUGUCAGACGACAAUUCGCCUGUUGUCGAGGAACAAAAGAAGAAACGAGGUAGACCAGCAAAAACAGAUAAGAAUACUGUUAAAGAACCAAAAAAGAGAGGCAGACCUGCCGCAGAUAAAAAUAAUGCAGUACGCACUGCAAAAUCAGAUAAUGAAGAUGAUACAUCGCCUGUACCUGUUAAAAAAGGAAGAGGGCGACCAAAAGGUUCUCAUAAAAAAAAGCAAGGUUCACCUAAAGGAAACCCUUCAGGACGAGGUCGUGGUAGACCUAAAAAGAAAGAAGAGAAAUUAGAAAGUACUGGAGAAGAAGAAGAUGAACAGGAAGAAGAGGAAGAAGAGGAGGAAGAUAAUUAAAUGUAAAAAAAUAAAUUCAAUGUAUGAGAAUUAUUCUUUGAAAGUUUUUAAAAAACUGAUAAAUUUAAAACUUAUAAGUUUGCUUUUUAUAUCAUAAUCUGCAAAUUGAAAUAGUAAAGUGGUAACACAUUAGUUUAAAAAAAAACUGCUCAAAUUCCAAGGAAGUUAUAUGAAAAAUAUAAUUUGUGAUAUGUUUGCAAAAAAAAUGCACUGCAACAUGGGUUGAAAAUAUGUAAAGCACUUUGUAAUAUUUACCUUAUAUGUUUUUAUUAUAAUUACUAUUAAUAUAAUAAUUAUUAUUAGUAUUAUUUUUAUUUGUAUUAUUAUCAUAAUCAUUAUGUUUUAAGUAUUAAAAUAAAAUGUACAAGUAUUUUAAUGAAAAAAAUUUUAAACUAAAAAUUCAGAUCUCAUAAACUAACUUGGAAUUAAGAUGAAGACUUUAUCUAACUUUAAGGUGGAUGGUGUAUAAUUACAUCAUAUAUUUGUUACCUUCUUUGCUCCUAUGUAUAUGUAUUAUAAUUCUUAAAGUCUAAAACUUCAUACAAAUUUAAUGCUGUACUGUAAUACUUCUUGUGUAAGUAUAUCAUGUACAAGAAAUGUUCUUUUUUAAUUACACUUAAACAAGUGAACAUUAACAUUUUUGAAACAAGCAUAUGUGUGAAUGUCAAAUUUGUAUUGAAAUAAAUAAACUUAUAAAAUGAC